UACAUCCUCUCCAUGGGAAGGUCAAGGGCUGCUAUACUAUUAUUAAUUCUUUUGUAGCUUUACUAUUUUAAUUUAACCACAUGAUCCUCAUAGGCCUUACAGGUGGUAUUGCUUGUGGCAAGUCUACCGUAUCAGCUAUGCUUGAACGUGAUCAUCACAUGCAAAUCAUUGAUGCCGAUACUAUCGUGCGCGAGCUUCAGUCUCCGGGAGCGCCGUGCACUCGCAGAAUUGCUCAACGCUGGCCAGAGUGCGUAGACCCGCUCACCGGUACCCUGCGCCGUGAAGCUUUAGGGAAAAUUAUAUUUAACAACGCUAAGGCCCGCCGUGACCUCGCAAAAAUUAUGAAUGGUCCAAUAUAUCGGAGUAUCCUAGCACACAUCGCUUACCAUUGGUGGAAAGGGUUAUGGCAUGGCUCCACAGACCCGUAUGUGGUGAUUUUAGAUGCUCCCACGCUUUUUGAGUCGGGAUUUUUCACUUUUUUCAUUAGUAAUUCAUUAGUAAUUGCGUGCUCAGAACAAAUGCAAGUUGAGAGGUUGCACGUUCGCAAUGGACUUUCCGAGGAGGAAGCGCGUAGCCGUAUUCAAUGUCAAAUGCCACUAGAGCAAAAGCGAAAGCUAGCGGGCUAUGUCAUUGAGAAUAAUGAAGUGGGCUUAGACGUGCUCAAGAAAAAAGUUGGAGAAAGCGUGGUGUGGAUGCGAAACCAAGGGGAACACAAACUCACUAUAUUAGCAAGUGGUGUGCUAGCGGCGUGUGUAUUGGCAGCCACUUUGACGUGUAAAUUUAUUCUUGCAUAUUGCAAAUGA